AUGCCAGGCACACUCCAAACACCCCAACCUAAUGCCAUCCCACCCGGUCGCCGCGGAGUCUACCUCCUCACGCACCCCCGCUCAGCGUCCAAUCUCUUCCAAACCAUGAUGUCCAAGCAGCCUGGCUACCAGAACUCGGGCUACAAGCUCUUCGACGGCGGCUUUGCGACGCUGAUGAAUCUGGAGAAGGGGCCGCUGAGUCAGUGGCCUGAGGAGGAGAGGAACGGGUUGUAUGAGACGUUCAAGACGGCGUUUGGCAAGUUGGAAGAUGAGUUGGAGGAUUGCGCAAAGAAUGGCAAACAAGCCUUCGUAAAAGAACACACAAUCUUCCUCUCCGGCCCCGACCGCCUCUUCUCCACCGUCUACCCGCACGACAAACCGCCAGCCCUAACCAUCCACCCACGCAACAAUGCAUCAUCCCCCUCCCUCCCCCAUACAAACCCCACCUCCGUCCCCGACUCCCUCCUCCUCACCCUCCAACCCAUCUUCCAGAUCCGCCACCCAAUCCUAAUGUUCCCAUCCAUGCUGCGCGCGCAGAAAGAUUCGUUUCCAGACACCAAGCCCCGGACGUUGUAUACGUGUACGACGUAUACUUUGAAAUAUACGCGCGCAUUGUAUGAAUGGUACCUCUCCCAAUCCUCCACCUCAGGCAUAACCCCCCGUAUCAUCGACGCCGACGACAUCAUGAACAACCCUGCCUCUGUCCGCGAACUCUGCCUCCAGUGCAACCUAGACCCGGACUCCGUGCAGUACUCGUGGGAAGAAAAAAAGAUUGAAGAUAACCCGCUCAUGGCGCGGUUCCUCAGCACAAUCAACGCGUCAAAGGGGAUAAAGAAGGGGUAUGAGGCGAAAGGGUUGACCCUUGAGACGGAGAGGAAGAAGUGGGCGGAGGAGUGGAAUGAGGAGUUUGCGGCGGAUUUGGAGGAUUUUGUGGAGAGGGCGAUGGGGGAUUAUGAGUUUCUUUGGGAGAGGAGGGUGAAGGGGGAGGGGUUGGGGGAGGGGAAGUAG